CCAAAACUUUGUAAUAAAAAUUCUUUCCUUUAAUUUCCCGGCAAAGAGUCCCCCAUUACCCCCUCCAAAACCCUAAUCUUCUCCCUCCUCAACCACCUACCAAAUUCCUUCUUUCCCUUUCUCUCUCUCUUCAUAAACUCAGUUUCCCAUCAAAGGUCCUUUUUUUUUGUUUUCUUUACUCUUGCAAAGACCCAUUUCCUGAUAGAGUUUUGAACUUUGUUUUUUGGUUUUAGAAUCUGGCUUUUUCAGAUUGAACCUGAAAACUCUUUUGAAUUCAAUCAAAACCUGUAAAUUUGAAUAACCAGUUGUCUUGUUUUCUGCUUUGGGAAAUGGCUGAGGAUAAAAAUGGGGAUCGAAGUGAAGCGAGUGAUUACUCAUCGGAAGAUGAAGGGACUGAAGAUUACAGAAGAGGAGGGUAUCACGCGGUGCGUAUUGGUGACACUUUCAAGAAUGGUUGCUAUGUGGUUCAAAGCAAGCUUGGUUGGGGUCAUUUCUCCACUGUUUGGCUCGCUUGGGAUACUCAAAGAUCGCGUUAUGUAGCUUUGAAGAUUCAAAAGAGUGCUCAGCACUACACUGAGGCGGCUAUGGAUGAGAUAAAGAUCCUCAAACAGAUAGCUGAGGGAGAUCCAGACGAUAAAAAGUGUGUUGUGAAGCUCUUGGAUCAUUUUAAGCAUUCAGGGCCUAAUGGGAAUCAUAUGUGUAUGGUUUUUGAGUACUUGGGGGACAACCUUUUGACCCUUGUUAAGUAUAGUGAUUACCGAGGGGUUCCUCUUCACAUGGUUAAAGAGAUUUGUCAUCAUGUCCUGGUGGGUCUCGAUUAUUUGCACCGUGAACUUUCAAUCAUUCACACUGAUUUGAAGCCAGAGAAUGUGUUGCUAUUGUCCAUGAUUGAUCCAUCAAGAGAUCCUAGGAAAUCUGGUGCUUCUCUCGUCCUUCCAACUAGAAAGGAUAAGGUUGUCUCGGAGGCUGUUGCUUCAAAAGAAGUUAAGAGUUCAAAUGGUGAUUUGACCAGGAAUCAAAAAAAGAAGAUUCGAAAGAAGGCUAAGAAGGCAGCUCAAGGUUGUGCAGGAAAGGAAGCUUCUGAAGAAAAUGAAACAGAUUCCAAGACUGGUGGUGCAGAAGACAGUAAUGCUGAUGCAAAAUCAAAUGAAGUUUCUGGUGAAGAACAGCAAAAUAGUUCUGUGAUUAAAGAUGAGACAAAGAGUGAUGGAAUCAACAAUAGUAACCAAGAAAAGCAGCGUUGUAGAAGAGGGAGCCGUGCAACAAGGAAAAAACUGUUAGCAGAAGUUGAUCUCAAGUGUAAAUUAGUUGAUUUUGGCAAUGCUUGCUGGACAUACAAACAAUUUACAAAUGAUAUUCAAACCAGGCAAUACAGAUGUCCUGAGGUUAUCCUUGGAUCCAAAUACUCAACAUCAGCAGACUUAUGGUCUUUUGCUUGUAUUUGUUUUGAGCUGGCUACUGGUGAUGUUCUUUUUGAUCCUCACAGUGGUGAAAACUAUGAUCGAGAUGAGGAUCACUUGGCAUUGAUGAUGGAGCUUCUUGGAAUGAUGCCACGCAAGAUUGCAUUAGGUGGGCGCUAUUCUAGGGAUUUCUUCAACAGAUAUGGAGACUUGAGGCAUAUCCGUCGGUUACGUUUUUGGCCUCUUAAUAAGGUGUUUAUGGAGAAGUAUGAUUUCAGUGAGCAAGAUGCUACUGACAUGGCUGACUUUCUCAUUCCAAUACUGGAUUUUGUCCCUGAAAAGAGACCCACCGCAGCUCAAUGCCUCAGCCAUCCAUGGAUCAGUGCAGGCCCUCGACUGCUUGAACCCUCUGCAACUGCUAGUAAACAGCACACAGAUGACAGUACAUCUGAAAAGGAAAGGAAAGAGAAGGAUGACAGGGAGGCCAUGGAGGCUGGAGUAGGGAAUAUAGCAAUCAAUGGAGAGGCUUCGAAGUGCCCGCCAAGGUUGAAAUAACCAUUUUCUGAGCAUUUUAAUCCAAUGAUUACUCAUGAAAAUCUUCCUUCCUCACUUGUAUUACUUUGCCAAAAGGCUGCUUGCAUUGUUCACUGGCGUUCUUUGCAAGGAAUAUUGCUUUUCCUCCUUCUAUUGACAUCUAUACCAUUUCAUAGGUUGGUGAUGGGCUUUUUAGUAGUUGCUAGCUCCAGUUUUGAAAGAACCCUACUCUGAGCAUGUACUUGAAUUUUAGAGUACAUGUUUUGCAAGCAAAAGCUCUUGGUGAUGGAAGCAUCUAAAGUUUCUACCCCUCCAUGUACAAUUCACAAUUGUUUGUCUAGAGGAUUCGCGCCUCUAACUUCUAGAUCAUAGUCUUUUUGAGAUGCAUUGCUUGAAUUUAAAAUGUACAUUUGAUUGGAACUGUU